CUCAGGAAACGCUGGGUGAACUUUGCCCGCUUCAGUUUUUAGCAUAUUGCCAAAUCGCGCUGCUUUGCUCACGUUUUGUAUUUAUUUGAAGCGUUGUUUUUAAAGAUGUGGUUUAUUUAUUUGCUGAGCUGGGUGUCCUUGUUAAUACAGGUGUCCUUUGUUACUCUCGCUAUUGCUGCAGGUCUGUACUACCUGGCAGAGUUGAUAGAGGAGUACACAGUUGCCACCAGUCGAAUAAUAAAAUACAUGAUAAUGAUCUCCACAGCUGUACUGGCAGGACUGUACGUGUUCGAGGGCUUCCCGAUGCUCAUGAUUGGAGUCGGCCUCUUCACUAACCUGGUGUACUUUGGCCUGCUGCAAACAUUCCCUUACAUUAUGCUCAGCUCACCAAACUUCAUCCUGUCAUGUAUACUGGUGGUGAUAAAUCACUAUAUGGCGUUCCAGUACUUUGCAGAGGAGUACUAUGCCUUUUCAGAGGUUCUAGCAUACUUCACAAUUUGCCUGUGGGUGAUACCGUUUUCUUUCUUUGUAUCUCUGUCUGCUGGUGAGAAUGUUCUUCCAUCGACAAUGCAGCAAGGAGAUGAUGUCGUGUCCAACUACUUUACUAAAGGGAAGAGGGGCAAACGCUCCGGGAUCCUCCUGAUAUUCUCCUUCCUGAAAGAGGCUGUUUUGCCAAGCCGACAGAAAAUGUACUGAAGCACGACAGUUAAAGGGAAGAGGAUGAACGGUUGGCUUGGGAAAGGAUGAGAAAUGGGUUAUGGGCAGGGUUUCCAGGUGUCCUAGUGAACCUGAUCCAUGGGAUGAAGGGAGAGGGGGAUGUUUAGAGGCCGAAAAGUAAAAGAACUAAAGAGAGCAUCUGUGUGGAGUACCAUGUCUGGACGUAUGCACACAAUCUGCCACGGAGAUAUGAGCUCCUCAGCUGAAGUAACAUGUCUGUCUCCCUGUCUGUCCAUCUGUUUUAAAUGAAGUAAGCACAGCCAGUUAAUGCUCCAUCAGUGGCCCUCAGCCACGGGAUGCCUUCAGGCUCCUAGCUUCAGCAUUAUUAAGGCUGAUUUGGAACUGUAAUUACAGGGAGUGACCAUUGUCCAUUUUGGUGUCGAGCUUUGUUUAAUUCAUGUGUAGAAUUUUGUUCAAAAAGUCUUUCAUUUUUAAAGGCUUGACUCAUAGACAUACGCUGCAGUGUCUUUUGCUGGGUGAUUGAUAAACGUGGGCUUUUUUGCAUAAUUUGAUGACCGCAAUACUGUCAGUAGUUGACGCUAAGAAUUUUCCUAUAAUUCUUGUGCCACAGUCAUCAAGGCAUUUGGUCAUGCUUUUUAUUAUUUGUAAGCUGUAAAGAGCAAAGUAGUUUGCCUAAACAUUUCUAAAUUAAUCACAGUUGCGAUGUAAUGGUAUAGAAAAGAUUUCGAAAUAAGCGCUUCAACAGAUCCUUACAUUUAUUACAGAGAAGCCAAAAAUGCUUAGUACAUAUAAGGGGAGUUUUUUAGUCUCAUGACGUUCUUUAUAAUGUUCACAAACAUUAACACUGCUUGUCUUUUUUUUUUUUUUUCUCUUUUUUUUUUUUUUUUAAAAGCCAAGUGAAUUUGACCACAGUGGUCUUUCAUCAGAUGUAUUUUUUUCCCCCCCCACACAUGCAUUUAAUAAAAUUGACAAUUAAAUUUGAUUUUCAUGGACUAUGUCCAGUUCUACCAAUUAAUUUUUCACCCGGAGGUGUGAUACCCUGUCACGCUCGUCUAUGAACCAUUGCCCUUUACAUUGAAGUGGCUACUGUUGAGAGUGUGAGGUCGAUGAGAGGUCGUGCUAAUCUGCCUUACCCUAUUACACUCACUCACUCACUUCAACAUGCUCGCACUUGGGGAUUUCACCAUUUAGAGAGGUGGUGUUGGUAAUGCACACUGAUCUGAAAUCAGUGUUUUGCAAAGUUUCAUAUGAAAAAUAAGAGCAGGUGUUCCUGGGUCAGUGUAACUUUGAGUUUUGAGGUGCUCAGGGUCCGGGGUGUCUUGACUUCAGGGCUACAACGCUGCAGUUUUGCCUUUGACUUCAUUUACGCACCUGAGCUUACGUUUAUUAACUGUGCAUGCAGUAUGCACAAGGAUGUAUGACUUCAAUUCUGUUUUAAAUUAAAAAAAAAAAAAAACCGGCAGCUUCACAGAAAUCCAGAUGUAGAUUUACAUUCUUAAUGAACAAGCUAGAUGUGAUGGUGGUAAGGCUCCCAAAUUUAGUGCAAAUAUCAAAAAAAUAAAAACAUUUAAGAGACAGUAUUUACAGACAGUUUUGAUCAUUCAUUUACAAAGCACCAAAUUAAUGUUGAAUACAAACAAGUUUGUGGUUAUACUCAACCUCCAUUAGUAUCAGUAUUAGUGCAUUAGCUGGUAAUGAAGAUGGAGAGGGAAUGAUUUUUCACUUCAGACACGGUUUACUGGAAAUUUAAGGCUAUAGCGUGUAUUUCCAUCCAGUAUUGAGUAUCUCCCACUGUUUGAUAGAUCAAUGCUUUUAGCCCAACCUUCAAGCUACAAUUAAGGUCAGAAGUUUACAUGCGCUCAUCAUGUACAUGAAUGUCAUGUCAAUAUUGGACUUAAACUGUUCAUUUUUUUUGGGGGGGGGGAGAGGCGGAAUGAUUGUACAACAUGCAUCUCUAAUAAGGAAAAAAAAAGAAUUUAAUGACUGUUUUAAUUUAUUUUGAGUUUUCUGAAAUCAACAUGGGCUCAAAACUACAUACACCUGGUAAGAUUAUUAAUUCAGUGGUGCUGAAAGUUCCAAAAUGUCUUUUAACUUCCCAUGGCCCCUUAAAUUCCUGUUAGUGAUCAUGAUUUACUACAGCUGGUAGCUUCUCUGGGCGGCACGGUGGUGUAGUGGUUAGCACCGUCGCCUCACAGCAAGAAAGUUCCGGGUUUGAACCUAGCGGCCGGCGAGGGCUUUUCUGCGUGGAGUUUGCAUGUUCUCCCCAUGUCUGCGUGGGUUUCCUCCGGGUGUUCCGGUUUCCCCCACAAUUCAAAGAUAUGCAGUUAGGUUAACGUGGGGCGGCCUUGGGCUGAGGUGCCCUUGAGCAAGGUACCUGACCUCUGACUGCUCCCUGGGCGCUCUAGUGUGGCUGCCCACUGCUCUGGGUGCGUGUGUUGACUGCUUCAGAUGGGUUAAAUGCAGAGGAUGAAUUUCACUGUGCUUGAAGUGUGCAUGUGACAAAGGUUUCUUAAACAUAAAAAGGGUGUGUUUGACGACACAUAUUGGAUCCACACAUAACAACGAGAAAGUCCAAGGAGCUCAGUGCAGAUCUGCGAGAGCAUCAUAGAUGUACAUAACUCAGGAAUGUUUCUUGCAGCCAUUUCUAAACAAAUGCAGAUUCCAAGGUCAUCAGUUCAAACAAUUAUACGCAAGUACAAGUUCUGUACUUAAAAGUCCGGUCCUUACUGGGAAACCAACACAACACAUUUAACUGAACUCUAGUAAUUCUGCUAAGAAGGAUGGUCAAAAAUCUAACUGGAAUUCGACCAGAAGCUUGUUGGUGGCUAACUUUCUAAGGGACAUUUAACCAAAUAUCAGGUGUGUGUGAUGUGUAUAUAUAAUUUUUUUUGACCCUGUAUGUAUAAUUUUGACCCUGUGUUGAUUUCAGAAAACCCAAAAUAAAUUAAAAUCUGUACACCAAA